AUCCAAACGUUAUCACAUGAACAAAGUUCCUCUUUAUAAGCUUUAAAAUAGGUUGAGCUGACAGACCAAUUUUCAGGUAUAACGCCUGGAAACUCCUGCAAAAUGGCACACAAAUGGCAAGAGACGUUUUACAAUCCUAAAAUACGUUUUACUGGAUCAAUUAAAGGAGGACUGCAGGACGGCAAGAGUAUCACUGUAAGUGGGCGAGUUUUACCAGAAGCCAAAAGGUUCUAUGUGAAUCUCCAGUGUGGUUCGACCCCGGAUGCUAAUUAUUCCCUGCACUUUAACCCACGUUAUGAAUCUGGUUCAGAGCACACAGUAGCCAACACCAAGCAGGAUAACUCCUGGGGUCCAGAGGAGAUCUUGAAACUUGCUCUCCUCCCCUUGGGAAACCCUUUCAAACUGCAAAUCCUGGUGACAAGCAAAUUAUACAAGAUAAGUGUCAAUGGCAUCCAUGUCAAGGAUUACAAGCACCGUAUCCCAUUCAACAUGGUGGACACUAUCGUAGUGGAUGGGAUGGUGGAGGUUAAGACCAUCAGUUUCCAGGAUCCUGUGUGUGUGCCAUACAGAACCACCAUGUAUGGUGGAAUGUGGGCUGGCAAAAACAUUGUCAUUCAAGGGCUGGUUAAUCCUCAGGCUUCCAGAUUUCAGAUUAACUUGCGCCACAAAGAUGGGAUUGCAUUUCACUACAAUCCUCGCUUUGAUGAGAACACGGUUGUACGCAAUACACAAACAGUGGAUCAGUGGGGCUCAGAGGAGCGCUCUGGAGAAAUACCGUUUGAAAAGAGAAAAAGCUUCCAGAUGAUCAUCUCCUGCACUACUGAGCAGUACAACGUGUUUGUCAAUGGUAAUCUCGAGACUACCUACAAGCACCGCUUCACCAACCUGUGGGAGAUUGAUGCUCUGGAGGUGUCUGGUGACCUGAGCUUGAUUGAUGUGCCUUCAUCUGAUGCUGCAAAAAGCUAUUGUAUGCCAUACAAAACAAACAUAAAUGGUGGAUUGUGGGCUGGAAAAAACAUUUCAAUCCAAGGGCUGGUUAAUCCUGAGCCUUACAGAUUUGAGAUUAACUUGCGUCACAAAGAUGGGAUUGCCUUUCACUAUAAUCCUCGCUUUGAUGAGAACACGGUUGUACGCAAUAACAGAACAAUGGAUGAUUGGUGCUUAGAGGAGCGCUCUGGAGAAAUGCCGUUUCAAAAGGGAAAAAUCUUCCAAAUGAUCAUCUCCUGUGAUCCUCAGCAGUACAACGUGUUUGUCAAUGGUAUACAAGUGUGUACCUUCAAGCACCGCUUCACCAAGCUGUGGGAGAUUGAUGCUCUGGAGGUGUCUGGUGACCUGAGCUUGACUGAUGUAUACGCUUAGCUAAGAAAUUUUAAUUGGAUAUUUUUGUGCAAUAUUUUCUCUGGCACAAUUUUACCAAGUCACAUUUUAUCUGUAAACAGAGAAGCAAAAAAAAAAAUCUAAAUCAAAAUAAAUAAAUAAAUAAAUAAACGAAAUUGGUCGAUUUCAAAAUAGAGCACUCUUUAAUCAUGGCCUGCUUCUGUUUAUUUUGUUUGUUUGUUUGUUUUUUUUUGUUUUGUUUUUUUCCCCAUGAAUUUAUUGAUUUAAAUGUGUUUUAAUGAGAAUUUAAUGAGUUAAAUGUUUUAUUAAUAAAACUAAUUAACAAGAAGUCAAGGUUUCUGUCAUGCACUUCUAUUUAUGGCCUGUGUUUCAAUACCCUCAUAUAUUGGGCCGAGGCAGGUGGGCUCACACAAGGCAUUACAAACACAUUCUUACACACCCUGAGGCAAUUCAGAGUAGUAAACUCACCUACCAGCAUGUUUUAGGGAGGUAUGAGUAAACUCAAAUAACUGGAGGAAAGCCACUCAGACACAAGAAGUUAAAUUGUUUCCGAGUUAAUCCUAUUUCUUUUCUAUUAACAUAUAGAAGCAAAAACAGCGCCGCCUGGUGUUACAUUUCUGUAACUAUUCUGCUUUGUUGUACUCAUGUCUUGCCUGAAGAUGGUAGUAAAUGUUAAUACAAAAAUGA